AUGAGCGAGAAUGACUAUGGAACAGAUGAUCCCAAAGGUUUCCGAAUAGCUGGCCAAACGAAACCAUUCAUUGUCCCGGGACGAAGCAUUCUGAAGCAUAAUUCUAUAGAAAUAUCCGAUGACAGGGAAAAUCUAACGACGUCGAACAUCCCCUCAUCUGUGGAGCAAUUGGGUGGCAAUAAUAUAGCGGAAGGAAAUAAUACAACCUCAAAAAUUAAUACCGUUAAUCUACAGUCGAAAUUAGGUCGAAGGGUAUCUUUUGCCCCAGAUGUCACAUUGCAUCGAUUUGAUUUUGUACCGCAAGAAUCCGUUAAUUUUAAGGAACCUAGACGAAAAACUUCUAAUUUCGCCUCUGUUUCUCUUGACGGUGGCAGCUCUCAAAGUAAUGAUGAUGCGGCUUCGGUUUUACACGGCGGCGAAAAGGAAUCAGAAAUAAGUGCUCCUAAGCCCAAUUCUGAAAAUGAAGCCAUGGUUCGCGCACAGUCUAGUAGGGCAGAUCUUGGCACUUUUUCCGAAACUGUGAGUAGCGCUGAGCAUGAGUUGAUCUCUGACCAAGAAGUAUCCAUGGAAAUAACUCAACUUUUUAGUAAACAUAGCGCGAAGCCCGAGAACAAGGAAAAUAAAUUUACUAUUCAAGGUAACGAGCCUGGUGCCAGUAUUGUAGGAAAUAAUGAUGAUUCGAAUUCAAUAGCUUCUUCUGCACAGCAGAACCAUCCAGAGAGUGAUUCGGAUGAAAGCAUGGACAUCACUGCUCUUCAGAGAGUUGUACUUAAUGAGAACAAUAUGAACAUCACAGAAUCUCAGGUUGACUUCUCCAGUGCUAUCAAGGAUAGAGCCUCUCUCAAUCAUAUUGAGGCGUUAGACGAGGAUGGCAGUGAUGUCAGCUUGACACAUUCAGGACAUUUGCACGGAUUAAGGCAAGUCGCGGAAGAAACGAUGGAAAUUACAAAAUUGCAUUCACCCCGCAAAGCUGUAGAAAGCUUUCCGAAAUCUGCAAUAUCUUCCCAGUCACCAGAUGAUCAAGAGCGAAAUGAUAAACUAGAAUUUAGACCAUCACAAAUGAUAACUUCUACGCAACAAUCCCUCCCGCAAAAGUCGUAUGCCGCUCCGAAACCUAACCAAAAUUCGUCAAAACAUCCUUUCAAGAGUAAUUCUGAAGCUAAUAAUGCAUCCGUUCUCGAAGUCCAAUCAAAAAGAAGAAAGCUCAACAACGGAAAUAUCGUCGAAGAACCACUACGCGAGAGAUCACCAAAUAAGAAGGAAGGUAAAGCCACUGAUGAGGACCUCGAUUUUACAGUGAUGGAGAGACUUUCUCCUAUUGGUUUACACGACUCUUCAAUAAGUCGUUCAAAGCCUUUGAUUUCAGAUCAUGUACAGAUUACUCGUGAGCUUGGACCUGUAACCUCCGAUCCAGAGCAACUAAAUGUUCAAAAUAACAGGGAUGCUAUUGAGCCCAUAUCUUUACAAAAGUUUUUAACGGAAACAGGUGUUAACUUUACUCUUGAGAACGAUAUUUCUGAAAAUCUGAAAACUGUAAAGUUUGACUAUCUUGGUGACAGAGAUCAAUGCUCAGCAUCGAAGGUUUAUGAUUCUCUUUAUGCAGACAUGCCUAUGCUCGAAAUAUAUGCCUUCUGUUGCAAGGAACUUAUAAGACGUAUAAGAGAAUCCAAGAAACUCUUCAAGGAGCUUGAAAGGCAGGUCUCUGAAAGUAUCCCCCCUCUAUUAUUCACUGAAUACUUUAAAUCAGGUUCAUCCGUUCGCAAAUUGAUGAAUGAGCAGAUUCAUUUGGUAAAAAGUUAUUCGAGACUUGAAGCUAAAAAAGUGUGGUAUGAGUGGAGAUCCCAGCACCUGAGGGGUAUAAAGAGCGUGUUGAAGGAGAACGCAAUGAUUUUAAAGGAGGAAGAAGACAGCAUCACUAAACAUAUCAAAGAAGCAACCAAAGUGAAAAAUCACGUUUCAGAGAUUAAGCAGGCGUUACUUAGGGAGGUAAGUGUUGCCAAGGAAGCACCGUCAUGUAAAUCAAACGUAUCCAAUCUACAAACACGCUUACGACUUGAAAAAAUGAAGGAAGAACUUAAGAAGAAUAAUAUAAACGCUGAAAAUGUUGAUGUGUUAAAAACGGAAUACGAAAAGCUGAAGGAAACCAUUUCGGAACUAUCAAGGAAGAUAGCUGAUGUUAAAAGUGAUAUUUCUGCUCAAAGCACAAAUAUCAAGAAGCAUAAGUUAUACACUGAGCAUGAUUAUCAGAAGCUUCAAAGAACUUUUGCGACUCUUGAAAAACUGUGUGGAAUCCAACUCUUAAAAUUCACCGGAACUAAACUCACGAUUGACAUACUGGUGGCCAAAGUUCAAUUUGAAUUUGACCUUACUCGGCUAAGCGAUGUUAAGGAAGUAUGUGCGACAAUAUCUGAUCUUCAUGAUGACUUUGGGAAAAUCUUAUGCAAGAGGCUGAUAAGAGAACAUUUAGAGAAAGCGUCGGAUGUCUUUUCUUUUGUGAAGGGAUUUCAUGAAGGCUUUUAUGCUUCACUGCCUCUUAUUAAGGAGUUUAAAAAUCUGAGUACUAUAUUUCCAACAAGGCUUGCAAACGAUUUUGAGGUUAAUGAACUCUUCGAAAUUAGACUCCUUGAUACUUCUUCAAAGUUCAAGAUUCUUUGUUAUCUCUCGCUGAAUGAUUUCAUUAACGCUGUACAGCAGAAUCAUGACAACGAGACUAAAUUAAGGGCAAACAUUGUUUAUGGUCAAGACAUAACUGAAGCUCUUUUGAAAAGUCAUAUAAAGCGCAGAAUAGGGGGAUUUCUACCCUGGUUGAAUUCUCUUACCAUUGAUAUGUAA